AGUAAAACAGAAACAACCCCCAGCCCUCAUGAGCUGGAAGCGGCAAGCAAGCAACAGAGACAGACGCGCCGUCCUGUCCACGACCAGCUCCUUCUAGCCUUGGCCGGACCCCACACACAAGCCGGCCAGGCGAGGCCAGACGUGCCAGAGCAGUGCUCGAAGCAGGCCCCUGGACGCUGUGUCAUGUGGACCAGCUGGUGGCUCUGGGCCCUGGUGGCCGUCUGCACUGGAGACCAGUUCCGGGAUGAGGCUGAGAGAAUCAUGCGGGGCACACCUGUCAUUGACGGGCACAAUGACCUGCCCUGGAGGCUGCUGACCAUGUUCAACAACCGGCUUCAGAUCGAGAGGGCCAACCUGACGAGCCUUGCCAACACACACACCAACAUCCCCAAGCUGAGGGCUGGUUUUGUUGGGGGCCAGUUCUGGUCUGCGUACACGCCCUGCGACACCCAGAACAAGGAUGCCGUGAAGAGGACCCUAGAGCAGAUCGACGUCAUCCAACGCAUGUGUCAGAUGUAUCCGGAGACCUUUGUGUGUGUCACCAACAGUGCAGGCGUCCGGCAGGCCUUCCGGGAGGGGAGGGUGGCCAGCCUUGUCGGCGUGGAGGGCGGCCACUCCAUAGACAGCAGCCUGGGCGUCCUGCGGACACUCUACCGCCUGGGCAUGCGGUACCUGACCCUCACCCACAGCUGCAAUACGCCGUGGGCUGACAACUGGCUGGUGGACACGGGAGAGGACAAGGCUGAGAGCCAAGGCCUGUCGCACUUUGGCCAGAGUGUGGUGAAGGAGAUGAACCGCCUGGGGGUCAUCAUCGACCUGGCCCACGUGUCCGUGGCCACCAUGAAGGCUGCCCUACGCCUGUCCACGGCCCCCGUCAUCUUCAGCCACUCCUCGGCCUACAGCCUGUGCCAGCACCGGCGCAACGUGCCCGACGACGUGCUCCGGCUGGUGAACCAGACGGGCAGCCUGGUGAUGGUUAAUUUCUACAACGACUACGUUUCCUGCAGACAGGAAGCCACCCUGUCCCAAGUAGCAGACCACCUGGACCACAUCAAGAAGGUGGCAGGAGCUGGAGCCGUGGGCUUUGGCGGGGACUUUGAUGGUGUUUCAAGGCUCCCCGUGGGGCUUGAGGAUGUGUCCAAGUACCCAGACCUGGUGGCUGAGCUACUCAGGAGGCGGUGGACAGAGGCGGAGGUCAGGGGCGCCCUGGCCAACAACCUGCUCAGGGUCUUUGAGGCAGUGGAACAGGUGAGCGAUCACACACAAAGUCCUGAAGAGGAGCCCAUCCCGGCGGCCCAGCUGCAGGCUUCCUGUAGGACGAUGUACGGCUACUCAGAGGCCCCCAGCCUCCACCGGCAGCCAGGGGCCCUGCUGGCCUCCCUCACUACCGUCCUCCUCGGCCUGGGCCUUCUGUGA